AUGAACCGUGUUCUCGACGGGCUCAGCUCGCUCAAUAGCCAGUAUGACAUUCUCGUCAUGGGCGAAUCCGGCGUCGGAAAAACUUCCUUAGUACAGCGAUACGUGAAUGGCACCUUUUCCGAAGGCCCCCACGAGCAAUCAGAACAGCUCUAUGUCAAGGCCAUCGACCACGACACGGCUGAAAUUGUAUCAACAGCAUCCUCACAUAACUCAGACAUCACCGAAAUAUCCAUUCUCGACUCCUCGCCGUUGGCAGACGUCUACGGCGCCUCGAGGAUGCAGCAGGUGAAGAACACAUCCACCAUACUCUUUGUCUACGCCAUGGACGAUAGGGAAUCCUUCGAGGCAUUGGAAUAUCUAAUCGGCACAGUGAAGACGCUUUGCGAUGGCGAACUUCCGCCUUUUGUCAUUGCAGCAGCAAAGGAAGAUAGAUACGAGUAUUGCCAGGUGUGGUAUGACGAUGGCGAGGCCAUGGCUAAACGCGUGGGUGCUAUCGGAUUCUUCCUGGUGUCUGCUCUUUCCGACACGAAUGUGAACAAAUGCUUUGUUCCUUUGGUGGACGCGGCACUAGAGGCUAGAGAACAUAGAGCCCUUCACAACCAUAUAGAAGUGCAAUCCGUUGCAGAGGUGCUACUGACAUCGGCCUCUAGUUCCUUUGUGGAUUCGACGCCCGAAAAGACGUUCAACUUCCGCCGGCCUUCAAAGAUACCCUCUUCCCUCUCAAAUAGCCACGGAAGAGAGCCUUCCACAUCACCAAACUACCCAGUUUUGGAGUCUUUUGCCAGCGACUUCCCAGAGAUCCCUGAAUCUAUCACCGGAGCUGAAACAGUGAACAGCCCUACUGCCAGGGAGCCCUCAUCCAAUAAGGAACAUUCACAAACGACCUCUUCGGUGUCGACCGGCUCUAUCCGCUCCCAGUCUCGAACCAUCAGUAAACCAAAAGAAAAGAAGGAGAAGUCCGGGUGUUGCAUUAUCACAUAA